UACAGCUGGAAAAUUCACCACAGCUUAGACUUGUUAAAUAAACCUUUUUGUGACAAAAUGUGCACCCGACAAUGCAACCAGCAAAACAAAAGCUACAAAAGAAAUCGUUUUAAAAGAAAACACCCAAACCGGAGAUCCUUUUUAUGUAGCAAUUUGCUAUUAAUUUAAAUAAUUUCUGUAUUUCGGUGGCAAUAAUGCCAACCGGCGAUAGCAACGAAAGCUCCGCAAUCGAUAAAAGUUUGCUUUAUUUUUUGGCAAUAACAACAUUUUUGCAAGUGGAGCUCUUUUUUUGGCCAUGGAAAACAAGAAUCGUUUGGUGAUCUACGACUGCGACAUUGGAACGGAUGAUGCCUGGGGAUUGGCCAUGAUGCUGCGGGCGGAGGGCGUGGCACUGCCAGGAGGAAGGAGCUCCAAAGUGGUGGCCAUAACAACGGUGCAGGGCAACACGGACGUGGACAAUGGGACGCUGAAUGCGUUGAGAGUGCUCCACACUUUGGACAGGCGGGAUGUUCCCGUUUUCAAGGGCUGCGCUGAUCCUAUAAUGCCCCGAAAUUGGACGUACACCUACCGAUUCCAUGGCCAAGAUGGCUUCAACGACGUGGGCAACUAUCCGGAGGUGGAUGUGGAGAAGGAACUGCAGCCGGAGCACGCCGUGACUGCCAUGUACCGCCUGGCCACUCAGCAUCCUGGUCAAGUGGACUUUCUGCUCUGCGGCCCGCUGACAAACUUCGCCAACUGCAUCAAUCUUUAUGGGCAAGCCUUCCUGGACAAGAUUGGUGGCGUCUACAUAAUGGGUGGCAAUAUCUACGGCAAGGGAAACGUCACCAAGAGUGCCGAGUUCAACUUCAUGAUGGAUCCCGAAGCGGCGCACAUAACCCUGGAGCGAUUGGGACAAUCGGCAGUGAUUCUGCCAUGGGAGCCCUGCAUCGAUGGCGAGUUUGGCAUUACGCUCGACUGGCGGUUCAAUGUCCUGGGUGCCGUGGAACAUCCGUUUAUGGAACUGUUGAAUCGUGCUGAGAAAUCGAUGCUACUGCCACGUGGUUUCAUAAAGUGGGUCAGCUGCGAUUCUCUGCUGACGGCAGCGUAUCUUUUUCCGGAAGCCAUGAUCGCCGAUCAGCGGGAGUACUAUGCCACCGUGGAAAUAAGUGGAGUUCAUACCCGUGGCCAGAUGGUGCUGGAUCACCUGCGCGGCAGAAAAGUAGAUGCCAUCCACGGGAAGCAGAGCAACGUGCGCGUGGUUAGACGCCUGAAUGGCGAGCCCUUUCGCACGAUUAUCGCCUGGGCGGGAUUCCUGCCCGAAGCCGAUAUCGGACCACUUUGCGUUUAGUAACCAAUAGUAUAUUCAAUUCACGAUUACGAACCCUUUGUGUUGGUUAAUGGUCGGUUUAUGGCUUGAUAGGGCAGCAGGUGUGGUCUGACUUGGUCAAAGAUUAUUUUCAAGCACUCGAAAGGGGGAACACAAAUAAUAUUGGCUGUGAAUAAGGUUCAGUUACGUUCUCCGGCUGCCAAACUCCCGAUAACCCAAUUUAAGAGACAUUAUUGAGGUGUAAAAAGGUGUAAGAAUUUCUUGUCAGAGAAUAAAUUUUCCAUAGCAUACU